AUGACGAACGAAAUAUAUUGGAGGCGUGGCCUGGCAGUUAGUCUGGGUGCGGGUGCACCGAAGACGCACCCGCCGCCGGUUUUGAGGCGGUUGGGACCCGAGGUGAGAGAGCGGAAAAGGUGACGAGUCGCAGGGGCGACAACAACUUUAUAUUGUCUGACUGACUGGCCCUACACCAACUUUUCCUUUUUUUUCCCUUUGGUCGCCUCUCUACGCCACCAUCAAACAGACAGAGCGAUCUUGUCGGUAUCGACUCGUCGCACGAUCACUCGGCCACGCCCACCCAGCACGCAUCAUUAUCGAUUCUGAUACGAUUGAUCGCUCUUUAUUGGAACGACUCGAUCUGACUGUGGACUUCGACCUCAAGGCGACGUUUCUCGAAAGUUUUUCUUUGCUCUUGUCUGGCACUCAAGCUUGAGAGUGGAGCUUUGGCUACGGACUUUGACCCUGACUGGUGUUAACUCCGAGACAGAUACUUGCUCCGAAAGAGCUGGAGGAACUCAUGUCCCUCCAAUGAUGACUCCAAUGAUCGGGUCAUAGAAGACUUGAUACUUCACUUCAAAAAGGGCUGGACAGCCAGGAUCAAGAUUUGUCGACGGAGAAGCUGGAGGAGCUCCUGCCAGCCUCCAGAUACUAG